CGCGCGGCUGCUGACCUCCCUACUCACUCUGCAGCUCUGGGGAGCUCUUUCCUGUGUCGGAACCAGUCCUGCCCCAUGAAUUACUGCUACAAUCAAGGCCACUGCUACAUCUCCCAGACUCUGGGCUGCCAGCCCACGUGCAUCUGUCCCCCGGCCUUCACCGACAGCCUCUGCUUCCUGGCUGGGAACAACUUCAGUCCAACUGUCAACCUAGAACUUCCCUUAAGAGUCAUCCAGCUCUUGCUCAGUGAAGAGGAAAAUGCCUCCAUGGCAGAGGUCAACGCCUCGGUGGCAUACAGACUGGGAACCCUGGACAUGCGGGCCUUUCUCCGCAACAGCCAAGUGAAACAAAUCGAUUCCCCAGCACCGGCCUCGGGAAGCCCCAUUCAACACUGGAUGGUCAUCUCAGAGUUCCAGUACCGCCCUCAGGGCCCCGUCAUCGACUUUCUGAGCAACCAGCUGCUGGCCGCGGUGGUGGAGGCGUUCUUAUACCAUGUUCCACGGAGGAGUGAGAAGCCCAGGAAUGACGUGGUCUUCCAGCCCAUCUCCAGGGAAGACGUGCGCGACGUGUCAGCCCGUGAGUCCGUCCAUUCCGGGGACAGUAUGGGGGUCACUGUGGGGGCGGUGAGCGUGAGCACGCUGAAGGCUUACUUCAGAUGCGAUGGCUACAAGGGCUACGACCUGGUCUACAGCCCCCAGAGUGGCUUCACCUGCGUGUCCCCGUGCAGUAGGGGCUACUGUGACCAUGGAGGCCAGUGCCAGCACCUGCCCAGUGGGCCCCGCUGCAGCUGUGUGUCCUUCUCCAUCUACACGGCCUGGGGCGAGCACUGUGAGCACCUGAGCAUGAAACUCGACGCGUUCUUCGGCAUCUUCUUUGGGGUCCUAGGCGGCCUCUUGCUGCUGGCGGUUGGGACGUUCGUGGUCCUGCGCUUCUGGGGUUGCUCCAGGGCCAGGUUCUCCUAUUUCCUGGACUUAGCUGAGGCCUUGCCUUGAAGGGGCAGCUGUGGCCUAGGCUACCUCAAGACCCACCUCAUCCUCACCACACACUUAAGGCGCCAUUGCUUUUGGGAGACUGGAAAAGGGAAGGUGACUGCAGGCUGUCAGGAUUCUUCAAGGAGAAUGAAUACUGGGAAUCAAGACAAGACCCAUAGGCACAGGUGCACAGGGGGAGGCCAUAAAGAUCAAACAUGCAUGGAUGGGUCCUCACGCAGACACACCCACAGGACACUAGCCUGUGCACGCGUGCGUGCGUACACACACACACACACAAGAGUUCAUAAUGCGGUGAUGGCCCUAAGUUAAGCAAAAUGCUUCUGCACACAAAACUCUCUGGUUUACUUCAAAUUAAACUCUAUUUAAAGUCU